CCCCUCCCUGCGGCCAGGCCCUUGGUGGGCACAGGCAGCAGGAGCCAUGGCCUCGCUCGGCUCAGCCUCCUCGUACCGCACCGAGCGCAUCGGCACCUAUGGUCCAGGGCAUGGCGAACCCCGCUUCGAGGGCGACCGGCGGCACGGGCCCUUUGGGGCACUGGCACAUGAGGCCUUCGGGUUCCCAGGGUCCCCCGGUGCCGUGUGCCCCUGCAGCCUGGGCACCUGGGUGCGUGCCCAGGGUGACACCUACCAGGUGGUGGCCGACGUCAGCCAGUUCGAGCCCCCUGACAUCGUGGUGACCACCUCCAACUGCCACGUCGCCAUCCAGGCUGAGAAGGUGGCCGAGGACGGCACUGUCUGCGACACGUUCACCCACAAGUGCCAGCUGCCUGAGGACAUGGACCCGCUGUCGGUGAGCUGUGCCCUCACGGAGGCCGGCACGCUGGUGAUCACCGCGCGGCGCCGUGCCGCAGCCCGCCCCAGCGAGCCCCCGCAGAUGCUGUACCGCAGCGAGGCCACGCUCUGAGCAGCGCCGGGGGAGGAUCGGCUUCUUGCCCCAAGCGAUGCCAACCUCGGCACCGUGGUGUAGCUUUGGUUGUGCCCAUUGGCCAUGCCCAACCCCACCUCCAGCUCCUCAGGGCUCUGGCUCUGUUUAUAAAGUCCUUUUAUUAAAUUAAUAUAAAAAUCUCUGUA